AUGGGAAAAACCUUCUCACUGCGUCGAAAUUAUGUAAUCCUCCAACCACCUGUGAUCGACCUUAAAGAUCGAUGGCCUGCCUUGUUUGAGUGUUCCCAGAUUGAGAAGGAAUUCCGCAGGGUCACACUGAAGCCACUGCAGUCCACAUUCCUGGGCAAGUUGGACCAAUACACAUCCAAGCUGUUGAGCCUGUACAGGAGGAAUGGUGGAGCCGUUGGGAAGAAACUUGAUGAGACCCUUGACGUGUUAAAUGAGGACAGCAACAUUGAGUCCCGAAGAGAAGUUGUGAUCAGAGGCCUCAAACUCUACCUUGGUGGAAACACUGGAGAGUUAUUCAAGGACUACCAGGUUUUCAAUGACGACGAUGCUGCUGCCGUCCAAGAAGCUCUUACUACAUUUGUCCUCGGCAUCUUUGUUGUCAGCAAUCCCAGGGAUGGUCUCCCCAAGCAAGCUGGAAUAGCCGUUGAGGGAGCAGAAGUCCUUUUUGGUAUCCCAGAUGUGGCACAUGCUUGCACCUAUCUGAUGGGCCUUAUCUAUGCCUUGGAACUAAGGUACCCUAAUAAACUGAAAUACACAUUUGCGGCCUUUCAGAAGAUCUUCCUAGAGCUGGAGGAUGCGAACAAAACAAUUUCCUCCGAAGUCCUUGAUCUCAAGGUCUGUUUGCAUGCUUAAAAGCUAUACAGAUGGUGUUGAAGGUGUAGGAUUUGAGUGAGCUCACUCUUAUCAAGUUUUACAGAGUUUUACACAGUUCUUCUGAGGUUCUCCCAAUGCACUCUCAGGUUACACUGCUCGUUUUUUUAUUCUAUGAUGUUGGGAAAUAAUUAAUUUGAUAGAGUUUAAUGGGCUGGCGCAUGCUUUAUUAUGUUACAGUGGUGCUCGUAAGUUUAUGAACCCAUGCUAAAGUUGACUAAAAAGAGGAAUAAAAAAUAAUCUUUUGGAAAUUGAUCUU